ACCCUGAAGAAGCCUGAGCUGCUGCUAAUGCUAUAUCCCUCUUCCGACGGCUGAACUCGACUAUUCAUCUUUCCUCUGAGACUCACCGGAAAAUCUUGUAUUUGGUUUCGUCUCGUCGUCUCCCGGAUAAAUUUGUUUGCCGGAGUAAGGAUUUCACCGGGAGCUAUGAAGUUCCUCAUUCAAUCCAUUUCUGGGAGGAAUCGGUCCUUGGUUCGAGCUCUGGUUAGUCGGCGUUACUUCGCUUCAUCGCCGGAUGAGAUCGCAAAGAAAAAUUACGCUAAUGAUCUGUCGGAAUACAACACAGCUGUCAAUUCCGUCACUGCUCAGCGAAGGCACUAUUUGCUGAGGGAUGUUUAUGAUGAUAUGAAGCUAGAUGGUGUGCAGCCUACAGCUGAUAUAUUCCACUCCUUUGUUGUGGGAACGAUGAAAGGUGCUCGGUUGAGUGAUGCUUUCUUUUUCCGUGAAGAAAUGAAGGCUAUGGGAAUUGCUCCAGAUGUAAAUCUGUACAACUUUUUGAUUUCCACAUGUGGGAAAUGCAAGAAUGGAAAGGAGGCAAUCCGAGUCUACGACGAGAUGAAGAGAUAUGACGUAAAACCAAAUGGACAGACCUUUGUCUGCCUGCUCAAUGCCUGCGCUGUUUCUGGCCAAUUAGAUCUUGUGUAUGCGAUAGUUCGAGAUAUGACUGCUGCUGGUGUUGGUUUGAACCAGUUCUGCUAUGCAGGACUCAUAACUGCGCACCUAAACAAACAGCCUAGACCAGAUAAUCUUUCUACCAAGAUUCUUGAGUUCGUAGAGCAGUCAAAAGGCUGGUCAGCAAUUGAUUCAUCAAGGAAGAGUGCAGAAGAUGUGAUGUUUAGCAUCAGUGAAGAGGAGCUUUACAAUAUUCCAACCGCUGAAUAUGCUCACAGGACUAGGUUUCUGCAGAGAAAUUUGACCGUGUACCACGUAGCAUUUAGUGCACUCGCUGAUCUAAAGGAUGUAAAAGCAACGGAAGCUCUACUUGAGAUGCUUAAGAAAGACGGCAAAGACACUGAUACUUACUGUGUGCUACAAAUUAUGAGGUGCUAUCUACACUCGCAAGACUUUGAGAAUGGUCUCAAAUUGUUUGAAGAUUACAUGAGGGCAGAGAGAAUCCCUGCUAUGGAACUCUAUACGGUAACGAUCAUCUGACCUCAUUAUUGGUCUUUCAGUAUUCAUUUAAGAGCAAACUUCUUGGUCCAAAUGAACGAACGCAAUUUCUUCUUAGACCCAAGAACUGGAAGCAGUCUGCUACUUAAAGCUGGUGGCGAAAAGACGGGCGGGUACACAGUUGCAAAUAUGAUAUGGGAUUUCAUGCAAGCUCGAAGGAUUACACCUACACUAGCUGCUGUUGAAGCUUACUUCAAAGGAUUGAAAGAACGUGAAAUUCCAGAAGAUGAUCCGAGACUCAUGUUAGUGACGAGUACAUACAAUACCUUGCGACUUAAGGAAGGGACAUUAAACAAUCGGCGUUAAAACAAAGGGAUCAAGAGGAGAAAAGACAGUAUCAUGGCUUCUUCGUUUUCUUAUUACGCUAUUUGCUUAUUAGGAUCUCUGUAAACCAUCUUGGUAUGUUUUUCAAACCAGUUCCUUGAGAUGAAUAAGGAGACUUCAACUAGAUGAGGACUGAAUAUUAUGCUCAUUUUCAGUUGCUUAACCUUGAGAGCUUUGACA